GGUUUACGCGCUUAGAACGUGAAGAAUAUCGUAUUUAAGAGAGCGCACCGGUUCAUCUUAGGUAUUAACCUGCAUUGAGUCAAAGUACAAAAGGAAGGAGGUUACAUUGUCGUUUCCAAAGAGAAGUUGAGUUUGUGAAUUUUUGGAUCAUGAGUGGAGGUAGGUAUCCGUUUUAUGCUAUCAGGAAGGGGAAGGAUCCUGGUUUAUACAGGAACUGGAAUGACUGCAAAGAUAAGGUGCUUGGCGUGAGUAAUAGCGAGUACAAGGGAUUCAAGGAUGAGCAGAAAGCCGUUGAAUGGCUGAAGAGAGGCGGAGUCCAUGUAGCUGGAGGAAGGAACAACGAUGGCGAAAGAACGUUAUUGCUGCCGAUGGGUGGUCUCCGCAUCACCACUGAAGGCGGCAGGCUUCUUAGUCGACAAGAAGAGGGUUCUAGCAGCACUGGUAGGUUCAUCCAUGUAGAAGCAACAUCUGGUGGGAGCGGUGAAGGAAUGAAAGAAGAUGUAGUGGAAAAGGCAGAAGGGUCGGUGUUCGUGGAGGACAUGGAGGGGCUGCUCCUAAGGGUAUGCUUGUUUUUAUGUAUCGGUCCUCCCAAGUUCUACCGCCGUGAGUGCAUCAUGGACAAUGGUGAAAGUGCUGUGGGGUUUGUUGUUGUUCUUCCCCACACUAGGUUUGGGAUCAAGGUUGCCGCGGAGGGUUCGGUUUCCACGGACGAGAGGAAAGCUAGGCAGGAUGCGUCGUCGAAGAUGCUAGGAGAGAUAGUCCUAGCAACAAAAUUGAAGAUAGUUGAUUUCAAUCACCAACGUGUUCAGGCUCUAGAGGGUGAGGUUGCUGACUUGAAGCAACAUGUUGAAAGCUUGCAUCAAUGGCUAGGGUUGAAGUGAUACUUCUGGAUGUAUUUAGUGUUCAUGUAGUUAUGCUGUGGUUCCAUGAAUUGGUCAAUGCGUAGAAUUCAUGAUGAAUUAUGAGUUGUUCAAAGCUGCAGUGCUUUCAUUUGGUGGGUGCUAUGAAUUAUUCAUUUAGAUAGAAGUAACAGUUUCAUGUUGUGCGCAUUAUUGGUGCAUGGAGUUCCUAGAACAUAACUAUGGAAGGAUGGGGACUUUUUCUGGUUUACUGGGUCAUUCAUAUCCAGGGUAUGAAUUGUUGCAUGUUGUGUUAGUCCCCCUUUUUUUUUAAUUAUAUUAAUAUUAUGUAAUGUGCAAGGUUGGGAAUAGGCCUUGCUUUUGGAA